AGCUGUAAAAUGGCGGAGCGCAAUCUGGAAGUUAGUUGAAUGGUAUAUCGCUAGUUAGCUCGCUAGCAUGGCUAGCAUCAGAUUAGCCAGCCGAGCCGCUUGAUGCUAGCCAGCGACGCACACACAAGCUAGCGCUCGGCUUCCUGGGCUCACAAACUAUAUUUCGCGUAUGUGUGUUUAAUUAGUUAUCUGCUACAAAAAAAUACAAGUAUGGUGAAUUCAACCGACUCGGCCGCACUUUCGAUAUAUACAUGUAAACAAAGUGUUUGUUGCUUAUGCAAUCCAUGACUGAACUCCCGAGGCAAGAUGGAGGACGCAAGGACGGGAUGUUUUUUUAGGUCACAUGCAACCACUUCUGGCCUUAAUUUUAUGAGGGUCUCCUGCCAGUCAUAAGUUGCAGUUGUCCAGAAGAUGUUACAGAAAUGAUAGCGGCACCAGAAUUACCGUCAGACUUCCCCUUCCCUCAGGACACAGACACCCGUUUCUCCUCAGACACAGACUUCUCAGAGGAGCCAGAUGGAAGAACUGCAGUCACAGUCUCACUUGCAGCCAAAGGAAAGGGAGGGAAGAAGGGGAAGAAGCCAGCAGGGGAGAAGGGGAAAGGAGCCAAGGGAACGGGGAGGCUCAAUGGCCACCAUCAGGAGAACGGCAUGGAGAACAUGAUGCUGUUCGAGGUGGUCAAACUGGGCAGGAGUGCGAUGCAGUCGGUUGUUGAUGACUGGAUCGAGUCGUAUAAAACAGACCGGGACGUUGCCCUCCUGGACCUCAUCAAUUUCUUCAUACAGUGCUCGGGAUGUAAAGGUGUGGUCAGUGGGGAGAUGUUCAGGAACAUGCAGAACUCUGAAAUCAUCAGACGAAUGACGGAGGAAUUUGACGAGGACAGUGGGGAUUACCCUCUGACUAUAGCAGGGCCACAGUGGAAAAGGUUUAAAACCAGCUUCUGCGAGUUCAUUGCUGUGUUGGUGCGCCAGUGUCAAUACAGCAUCAUCUACGAUGAGUACAUGAUGGACACUGUCAUCUCCCUCCUCACCGGACUGUCUGACUCCCAAGUCCGCGCGUUCAGACACACCUCCACACUGGCAGCCAUGAAGCUGAUGACGGCUCUGGUGAAUGUAGCGCUGAACCUAAGCAUCAACAUGGACAACACCCAGCGCCAGUACGAGUCCGAGAGGAACAAGAUCGUGGCCAAGAGGGCCAACGAUCGCCUGGAGCUGCUCCUACAGAAACGCAAGGAGCUCCAGGAAAAUCAGGACGAGAUCGAAAACAUGAUGAAUGCCAUCUUCAAAGGAGUGUUUGUUCAUCGAUAUCGCGAUUCUAUAGCAGAAAUCCGAGCCAUCUGUAUAGAAGAGAUCGGGGUAUGGAUGAAACUAUACAGCGACGCCUUCCUCAACGACAGCUAUCUGAAGUAUGUGGGAUGGACCAUGCACGACAAGCAAGGAGAGGUGCGUUUGAAGUGCCUGACCGCACUGCAGGGUCUGUACUACAACAGAGAGCUCAACACGAGACUGGAGCUGUUCACCAGUCGCUUUAAGGACCGCAUUGUCUCGAUGACCCUCGACAAGGAGUACGACGUCGCAGUACAAGCUAUUAAACUUCUCACCCUUGUCUUGCAUAGCACAGAUGAGGUGCUGAGCCCGGAGGACUGCGAGAGCGUCUAUCACUUGGUCUACUCUGCUCACAGACCGGUCGCCAUAGCAGCCGGGGAGUUCCUCUUCAAAAAACUCUUCAGCCAACGGGAGCCAGAGGAGGAGGGCGCCCCCAAGAGGAGAGGAAGACAAAGCCCCAACGCAAACCUCAUCAAGACCACUGUCUUCUUCUUCCUCGAGAGCGAGCUCCACGAGCACGCGGCCUACCUGGUGGAUUCCCUGUGGGAGUGUGGCGCAGAGCUUCUCAAGGACUGGGAGUGUAUGACCAGCCUACUGCUAGACGACCCUCUGCCGGGAGAAGAAGCUCUGACAGACAGACAGGAGACGGCUCUGAUUGAGAUCAUGCUGUGCACGGUUCGUCAGGCGGCCGAGUGCCACCCCCCUGUUGGCAGAGGCACCGGGAAGAGGGUCAUGACUGCUAAGGAGAAGAAAACGCAGCUGGAUGAUAGAACCAGAAUAACAGAGCUUUUUGCAGUGUCGUUGCCCCCUCUACUGGCCAAGUACGCAAUGGAUUCGGAGAAGGUGACUAACCUGUUACAGCUCCCUCAGUUCUUCGACCUUGAGAUUUACACCACAGGACGUCUAGAGAAGCACCUGGAGUCUCUGCUGCGUCAGGUCAGGGAGAUCGUGGAGAAGCACACCGACACGGAUGUCCUGGAGGUCUGCUCCAAGACCUACCACGCCCUCUGCAACGAGGAGUUCACCAUCUUCAACCGGGUAGACAUCGCGCGCUCCCAGCUCCUAGACGAACAGGUGGACAAGUUCAACCGGCUCCUGGAGGACUUCCUGCAAGAGGGUGAGGAGGUGGAUGAGGACGACACCUACCAGAUUCUCUCCACUCUGAAGAGGAUCACCGCUUUCCACAAUGCACAUGACCUUUCCCAGUGGGACCUCUUCACCAGCAACUUCAAGCUGCUCAACACUGGCAUCGAGAACGGCGACAUGCCAGAGCAGAUCGUGAUCCAGUCACUGCAGUGCACUCACUAUGUGAUCCUGUGGAACCUGGCCAAGCUCUCCGAAGGCAGCUCCAGAAAGGAGGAUAUGGUCACCCUUAGGAAGCAGAUGAGAGCGUUCUGCAUGAUGUGCCAGCGCUAUCUCACCAACGUCAACACGGCGGUCAAAGAGCAGGCCUUCACCAUCCUGUGUGAUGUGCUGCUCAUCUUCAGCCACCAGAUGGUGUCUGGUGGCCGGGAGCACCUAGAGCCACUCGUCUAUUCUCCCGAAGACUCGCUGCAGGUGGAGCUGCUCUCCUUCAUCCUCAACCACGUCUUCAUCGACCAGGACGAGGAGACCAACAGCACAGAUGGGCAGCAGGACGACGAGGCAGGAAAGAUAGAAGCGCUGCACAAGAGAAGGAACCUGCUGGCCGCCUACUGCAAGCUCAUCAUCUACUGCGUGGUGGAGAUGAAGACGGGCGCGGACAUCUUCAAGCAGUACAUGAGGUAUUACAACGACUACGGCGACAUCAUCAAGGAGACGAUGAGUAAAACUCGGCAGAUCGACAAGAUCCAGUGCGCCAAGACGCUCAUCCUCAGUCUACAGCAGCUCUUCAACGAGAUGCUGUCGGAGCUGGGUCACGGCUUCGACCGCUCCUCCUCGUCGUUUUGCGGCAUCAAAGAGCUGGCCCGUCGCUUCUCGCUCACCUUUGGCCUGGACCAGGUCAAGACCAGGGAUGCCAUUGCCAUGCUGCACAAAGACGGGAUAGAGUUUGCGUUCAAGGAGCCGAGCCCCCAGGGAGAAGGCAACCCUCCCCUUCACCUGGCUUUCUUGGACAUCCUCAGCGAGUUCUCCUCCAAGCUGAUGAGACAGGACAAGAGGACUGUCCACAUGUACCUGGAGCGCUUCAUGACGUUCCAGAUGGCCCUGCAGCGCGAGGACUGCUGGCUCCCCCUCAUCUCCUACCGCAACUCCCUGCAGGCGGGAGGCGACGACGACACCAUGUCGGUGAUGAGCGGCUACUCGAGCCGCGGCUCCUCUGUGCGCUCCAAGAAGGCCAAGCCCACCGCCGCCACCAGUGUGGCGGUCGCCGCAGCCGCCGCCGCCGCCGCCGCCGCCACCGCAGCCAAGCGGAAGCUUCCAGAAGAGGAGAGCAGCAGCAGCAGCGAGGUGUGGCAGCAGAGCCUGCAGACGCCGGUGAUGAUGCCCUCGCCCCACCUCACCUCCACCGCCAUGCGCGAGCCCAAGAGGGGCCGCGACGACAGCUACAUGGGCGUGUACCCCCUGCCCCACGACCAGCAGACCCCCCACCCGCACACGCCGCAGCACCAUCCACAGCAGACGCCACAGCACAUCCAAACCCCCAUGGACUACAAUUCUCAGGUGACGUGGAUGCUGGCCCAGAGGCAGCAGGAGGAGGCGCGGCAGCAGCAGGAGAGAGCCAUGAAUUACGCCAAGCUCAGGACCAACCUGCAGCACGCUAUUCGCCGUGGUACCGGGCUCAUGGAGGAGGACGAGGAGCCCAUCGUGGAGGACGUGAUGAUGUCUUCUGAAGGCCGGCUGGACGACCUCAACGAGGGCAUGGACUUUGAUACUAUGGACAUAGAUCUGCCUCCGUCUAAGAACCGCCGCGAGCGCUCAGAGCUGAAGCCAGACUACUUCGACCCGGCUUCUAUCAUGGAUGAAUCGGUCCUUGGAGUGUCGAUGUUUUAAACAGAUAUUAAAGAAGCUGGGAGAAGAGUGGAGGCGCCUUUGUAUUUAAAGAGUUUUAGAUGCGAAAGCUGAAGUGUGUAUCCUGUAGAGAGAACAUUUCUGGCUUGUGCUCCACGUGGACCAAGGACCCCCACGCUCAGUGUUGCUUGCUCAGAGAGGACUUUGUUUCAAAUAUUUACUUUUUAUAACCUUGGGUAAGCUCUUCCUGCUCGGAAUCCAUAGUGACAGGCCACUACCAAACCUAUUAGAGCUCAGACAUGUCUAAAUAAAAAUCCAUACUAGUCCUUUUCCUUUUUUUUUUGGCUUUUUUUUUUUUGUUU